AUGGCGUCGUGUACUCAUGAGUUGAAAUGGUUAAAAGCUUUACUUUUGAGUUUGGGGGUUCAACACCCUAAAGCAAUAAAAUUGUUUUGUGACAGUCAAUCUGCACUUCAUAUAGCCAGAAAUCCAGUUUUUCAUGAACGGACGAAGCACAUUGAGAUUGAUUGUCACAUUGUUCGUGACGCCAUUACAGAAGGACUAAUUGCACCAUCUUAUGUUUCCACUAAGGAACAAUUGCAGAAGAUAAUCGUUGCAUUUCUCCUAACUCUUUUGGUGGCACAGUCUGCAUUUGCCCUUGAACAAAAGCAAACUCAAGCUGCAAAUCCUGAAUGGGGGUUUGGUCGGCCUCGGUUCGGUUUCCAUGGGGUUAAGUUCCCAAUUUCUGGUGCACCAAGCUCUAGUCCUGGCUUCCCUGCAUUCCCACACCCUGGCCCCGGGUUUAAGUUCCCAUUCCCUGGUGCACCAAGCUCUGGUCCCGACCUCCCUUCAUUUCCAUUCCCACACCCUGGCCCCGGGUUUAAGUUCCCAUUUCCUGGUGCACCAAGCUCCGGUCCUCUACCUUUAUUUCCAUUCCCACACCCCAGCCCUAGGUUUAAGUUCCCAUUCCCUGGUGCACCAAGCUCUGGUCCCGGGUUCCCUGCAUUCCCUCAUCCUGGCCCUGGGUUUAAGUUCCCAUUUCCUGGUGCACCAAGCUCUGGUCCCGGGUUCCCUGUAUUCCCACACCCUAGCCCUGGGUUUAAGUUCCCAUUUCCUAGUGCACCAAGCUCCGGUCCUCUCCCUUCAUUUCCAUUCCCACACCUUGGCCCCGGGUUUAAGUUCCCAUUUCCCGGUGCACCAAGCUCUGGUCCCGGCUUCCCUUCAUUUGCAUUCCCACACCCUAAAUUCCCCAUCUUCCCAUGGCCCGGUGCACCAAGCUCUAGUCCAACCUCUGCAGAUGUUGCAUCCGAGGCAACUUCCUUUGAAGAAUCUACUAGAACUUCUUAA